AGCGGCAAAGAUGUUCAAUAGAUAGUUCGACAGAAACCGUGAGCUGUUCCGUCAUUUUGGCUGUGACGUCACGCUCGAGCUGAAUUCACGCCCAUAUUACAGUGAUUUCUUUAAUGGCUAUAAAUGCGUGCAUUCAUCAAUUAUUGACUUGAUUAUAAUGUUCCUAAUAGCAUCAACCAGGAAACAAGCCCCAUAUUUUUUCUUCAAAUUUAUUUCAGUCGUUUGUGUCUCAUACAUUACAGACAUUAAAUACGUUGUAUUUAUUACUCUGUAAAGAAAUAUUUCAGAUUCAUAUUUCAUGACACUGGCGGUAAAAAAAAAAAAAAAAGGUCGGCAGCGCCGCCAAGUGGUGAUACUGAUCUCUGUCGGGUCACAUUCAACACGCCCCAAAAUUUUGAAUAUAAUGUAAAUGCCAACCGUGUAAAUCCUAAACUUUAAAUUGGAAAGUCACCCUACUGAUUCCAAUCGUGUGCCUCCAUAUCAAGGUUUCGCGUUGAAAUGACGUCAUGAUGAAGCUUUGAAGACGCUUUUAUUUUGGUAUGUGUAGUUGUACUUCCUUUUGCAUCAAAUGGUAAGCAGGUUACAUGCUGUUGCCAUGGUAACGUCACGUGGCGCUAGCUUCUGUGUCCUCCACAUUUUGUAGCUUGAGAACACAAAGUUAACCAUAAUAAAGUCGCUUUUAUCAACACCAAACAGCGCAAACGAGUCGCCAAGCUAGCCUCUUAGCAUGUCGGAGGAAGACAACCACAAGACGGACGACAAAAAGAAGAGGCGGAGGAAGAAAAGGAAGAAAAAAAAGAAACUUUGUGCUUCAAACAUACCUCUGCAGCAACCAGUUGAGCCCAACCCGGUACUCAAGUUCCCCGAGUUGGUGCAGGUAACCCCGGUACCCAGAGGUCCAACGUCUAAACGACGAGCGCCGGGCAAAAAGAGCAAAGACCGCCUGAGAGAGCCCGAGCCCCACCUCGCCUCAGAAAGCAACACCAAAGAGCCAACCUCGGCCAAGGCUCGGGAGCUGACCCCGGCCGCGGCCCGGGAACCGACCCUGAUCGAGGCUCGGGAACCAACCCCGACCGAGGCUCGGGAGCUGAAGCCGGCCGGGGCUCGAGCGCCGACGCCGGCGGGGGCUCGUGCGCCGACGCCGGCCGGGGCUCGAGCUCCGACGCCGGCCGGGGCUCGAGCUCGAGCGCCGACACCGGCCGGGGCUCGAGCGCCGACCCCGGCCGAGGCUCAAGACCCGACUCCGCCAGCAACACCGACACCUACGCCGCUGGAAAUGCAGGAGAGGGAGUGUCUGAGGUGGGAAGGGGUCCUACAGGAUCCCCAGGCGGAGGAAGAGAGGCUGGAGAUGUAUCGGGCCAGCAGGAGGCGUCGCUAUGUCGCCCAGCGAGACGCUGAGCUGGCCGACCCCCUCACCCGAACCCCUCGGCGUCUUUUGAGCCUCGACUCGCUCUGAGGGUCAAACAAGCUCAAGGAAUUCUCAAUGUCGACACCACACACCCAAGUCAACAACAACAAAACGUCCUCGUUUGGAAACCAAUUCCAAUCAGAAGCAUUUCUUCUAGAAACAAAAUUAAAAUAGUUCUAAUGUGACGUCUUGCGAAACAUGUGAGCUCAAAA